AUGGCGUCCGCCAGCAUGUGGGCCUUCCUGAUUUUCACGCCGCCGCUUGUGCUGCGAGCCUAUCGCAUGCGUCGUCCGGAGCUCUCAGUGCAAGCGGCAGCCUUCACCUCCAUCCUCCCGACCACUAACCUCGACUUCCCUGAUGUGCUCACCAGACCGCAGACACUCCGCGGCUGGCGUGUGUGCUGCACAGUCUGGUCAGCGGUGGCGCUCGUGGGCCAUUUCAUCUUGCCGCACCCAGAUGGCGCCGAUUUUGAGGCGCGCUUUUUCACUGUGUGGUGCUUUUCCGGUGUCACUGCGUUCUUCGCUCUUGGCGCGGCACGGCGAAUGGAGGCGGUGCAAGAGGUGACGCUCUUUUGCACGGUGGCACCGCCCUCGCUGCUGACCGCCGCCGUCUUCUGGCUCGUCAUCUUCCCGUCGCUGCCACCCUACCUCCAGCGCCACGCGUUCCGGUUCGACGAGCUGACGAUGCACGCGCUCUCCGUGCCCCUCCUGAUCGCUGACUGCACGUUGCUGUCUCCGAAGCAAGCCGCCGCUCCCACCGCAAACCUCUGGCUCUGGCCUGUCCUCUUCGCCGCAUUCUACCUCCCCUUCCACUGGGCGUGGCUCGCUGCGGGCGGAACGCCCGUCUAUGAAUUUCUGCGCCCGUCACUGCCCUGGGCGGGCGCCAUCCACGCGGGGCGCUAA